CCUAAGUUGUCCCCCACCCCCAUUCUUCUGCUGUCACAGCCUCCUAUGCCACGCUGCCAUGGGGAAAGUAAUUGCUCCAGUUUCUGUCGGCAGGGCAGGUUCUGGUCUCGCACACCCCGAGGAAAGACUGUAACUUGGAGAUGACAUGAUAAUGGUACCUGUUCAAAACGCUGAGGAGCCUAGCCGGCUGUGCCAGAAAAUGAGAGCAGCCGAGAGUGACGGCAACGACAGCCCGGGCGGCGCUCGGCGGCAGCUUCCCGCUCCAAGAGGAUGUGGAAUGUUUACUUUCCUCACAUCUGUCACUGCCGCUGUCAGUGGACUCCUGGUGGGUUAUGAACUUGGGCUCAUCUCUGGGGCCCUUCUGCAAUUAAGCGGCUUAUUAGCCUUGUCUUGCCGACAGCAGGAAAUGGUUGUGAGUUCUCUACUCAUUGGGGCCUUCCUGGCAUCUCUCACAGGAGGAUUCCUGAUAGACAGAUAUGGGAGAAGAAUUGCUAUCAUUUUGUCAUCCUGCUUACUUGGGUUGGGCAGCUUGGUUCUGAUCCUGAGUUUCUCCUAUCCAGUUCUUAUUGUAGGACGAAUUACCAUAGGAGUUUCCAUAUCCCUGUCUUCCAUUGCCACCUGUGUCUAUAUCGCAGAGAUUGCUCCACAGCACAGAAGAGGACUUCUUGUAUCAUUGAAUGAACUUAUGAUUGUAAUUGGCAUUCUCCUUGCCUAUAUUUCAAAUUACGCAUUUGCCAAUGUUUUCCAUGGUUGGAGGUACAUGUUUGGUCUUGUUAUUCCACUGGGAGUUUUGCAGGCCAUUGCAAUGUACUUUCUUCCACCCAGCCCUCGAUUCUUAGUGAUGAAAGGGUAUGAUGAAGCUGCUAGCAAAGUUCUAGGAAGAUUAAGAGUCAUCUCAGAUACUACUGAAGAACUUACUGCAAUAAAAUCUUCCUUGAAAGAUGAACACCAAUACAGUUUCUGGGAUCUUUUUCGGUCAAAGGACAACAUGAGGACCAGAAUACUAAUAGGCCUCACAUUGGUUUUUUUUGUGCAAAUCACAGGACAACCAAACAUUUUAUUUUAUGCAUCAACUGUCUUAAAAUCUGUUGGGUUUCAGAGCAAUGAAGCAGCCAGCCUUGCCUCCACUGGAGUUGGAGUUGUCAAAGUAAUCAGCACUAUUCCAGCUACCCUUUUUGUGGACCAGGUUGGGAGCAAGACUUUUCUGUGCCUUGACUCAGUGAUGGCAGCCUCCUUGGUCACUAUGGGUCUUUUGAAUCUUAAGAUCCAUAUCAAUUCUACCAGUAUCUGCAGAAGUCAUAAUCCUAUCAACCACUCCCUAGAAGACUUGACUUUUUAUGAACAAGGAAAGUUGCCAGUUAGCAACAAUAGUCUCAAAGAACUGCUCAUGGGGAUUACUCCAAACAGCAAGAGCUCACUAAUGUCCAUCAGAAGUGACAGUGAAAGGCAAGGGGAGCUGACCUGGGCAUCUGUGCCAAGUGUUGGAACCUCUAGACCAAGCCCAACACAGCAUCAGGAAAUGGGCCCAGACGAAGUCCCAGAGUAUUUGAAAUGGCUCUCCUUGGUCAGCUUACUUUUUUAUGUUGCUGCUUUUUCCAUAGGUCUUGGACCAAUGCCCUGGCUGGUGCUCAGUGAAAUUUUUCCUGGUGGAAUUAGAGGAAGAGCAAUGGCUUUAACUUCUAGCAUGAACUGGGGCAUCAAUCUCCUUGUCUCACUGACAUUUUUGACUGUAACUGAACUUAUUGGCCUGCCAUGGGUGUGCUUUAUUUAUACAAUAAUGAGUCUAGCUGCACUAGUGUUUGUUGUUUUGUUUAUCCCGGAAACAAAGGGAUGCUCUUUGGAACAAAUAUCAAUGGAACUGGCAAAAUCGAACUAUGUGAAACACAACAUUUAUCUUAUGAGUCAUCAGAGAGAGAAGUUAGUGCCAACGGAGCUUCAAAAGACAAAACACCAAGAGCAGUUCUUAGAGUGCAAAAGGUUGUACAGUAAAGAGCAAUCAAAGCAGCUUUUUCAGGCAAACUGAUGCCAUGCAAACAACGACACUGAUUUGGCGUAAGGACACUCAGUAGCGUCUUUGUAAUAACAAACAUUUGGCUUUUUUUUUUUAGCUUCAGUGUCUAAAGCUAAAGUUUUAAGGUGUUUUCUAAUAUGGUCACAAAUGGCUUAAAAAUCAGUUCUUAAUCUUAAAGUCUAACUAAGGAAAGAGCAAGCAGACAUCACAAACUACCUGUCAUACCCCAAGAACCAGCUGAGAACUGGCCUGAGGAAGUGUGGUUGGGUUAUUGCUUUUCACUGUCCCUACUGAGCAAUUUAAGAAAGAACAGGCCUUGUGCAAUCAAUCAUGUGACCACUCCACACUCCAAACAUAUAUAUAUAUAUAUAUACACACAUAUAUACACACAUAUAUACACACAUAUAUACACACACAAACACAUAUAUGUGUAUAUAAGAGGACAACUUUAUUUUCAGAGAUGAGGGACAGAUUUCUAAAAAUGACUUUGCCACUAUAGGAACCUGGCUUGCAGAGUAGAUCUUUAUUUUUUCUUUUUUGUAAGAGAAGGCAAUAAGUUCUAAGGGUGCAGUUUAUCUUUCUUCGUUAGUCUAGAAAGGGUUAGAAUGCUCUCUGAUUGCUACAUUUUUGAUUGGUUGUAUUUGCUGACCUGUAUCUAAUUAAGAAUAGCAAAGGUUUCUAUAGCUGUAAUUAAAAUUCAUGUAGUAAUUUUAAAACUUUGUUAAUUAUCCUUCAAGUGGGCUUUCUGAACCUACCUGUAUAUUCCAGAUCCCAAUGCCCAUGUAAAUAAGGAAUCAGUUUCAUAGUAGAUGACAAUUUUUAAACAUUUUUCCUUGUUACCAAAGUGAGAUGCCAAGAGAAUUUGGAAAUAUGGGACCAUAUUUAGUUGUACCCUUAGUGAAAACUUAUGAAAAGAUUCAUGAAAUUCAGAAGUUAACCAGAUAAUUAAUCAGUUAUUUUUAUUUUGUUGCCUUGAAUAAAGUAAGCUUUCAAAACUUUCUUCUAUCAAGGUUUUCAAAGCUGAAGUGCCUAGUGUCUGCAACUUCUUCACAAUUCUCAGGAAUUUCCUACCUCAGGCUACAACCAAUAGGCCAUUGUAAUAGCUAAACUUCAGGCUGCUGCAGAUUGUGUAAAGUUAUGGAUGUCCAAAGAUUGGGUCAUCUAUCACAUCUAUUUCAGUUGUAUUAACCCCAUUAAAAGUGAACGAGGUAUAUAUGUUUCUAUCUAAGUGAAUAAUUCAUCUAAUCCAGGAUUUGCUUUCUGUGCUGUAUUUCCAUGUAGUUUCUCCAAUUUAAAGACUUGGGCAAGGGCAUUUACAUGGAAAAUAUAGUAGAGUUUGAAAGAAGCAAAAAGUCACAACCACCAAAAGUUCAUUAUACCAACACAUAAACAGUAAUUAAAAGAUAGUCUAUGUAUAUCUGAACUUUCAAUCAUUAAUCAAUCCAACUUGACAAAAAAUUCAAGCUACAAGUUUUUUUUUUAAAGAGGGUCCAAAAACCAGUGACCCUAUUAAAAAAAAAAAGACUUUAAUUUGGGAAUUUGAUUUGAUAAUAAACCUCUGAAUCUCUCAUAUGCCUUUAUAUUCAAAUUGGGGGAGAUACAAAUCUAGGAUAGCAGCAAUAGCUUAAAAACCAGAGACAUGCUUUAAAUAAAUUUAAAAAAAAACACAAUGUAAGAAAUAAUUCUACCUAGAGAAAGGCUAGUAGGUUCACUACUGAGAUUUCCCUUGAAGAUAAGGGAAAUAUGGAUAGCAAGAGAUAUUAUAAAUGGGAAGUUAAUGUCAAGUUCAGUUUUUUUUAAAUAAGCUUCUGAAGCUUCUCUCAAAUGCCUUAGUUGAAGUUCAAAUAGUCUACUCCAUUAUACCUCAGUAUGAGCACUCAUGAUCAAUAGAUGCUUGUAAACCUUGUUGGUUACUGCUAGUGAUACUAGUAUCAAAAAACUAAUAAUUCUAUUUUCCAAAUAAAUGUUUACUCAAUCUCA